AUGAGCAUAUUGGCAAAUCGGAAAGCGGUGGUGAUAGCAACAGCUUGUUCGGCGAUUUGUGUCUUAAGUGUCGCAGUCUUGCUACCAAUGAUGCAUUUCCGUAGUCAGGAAGUAAUAUCAUCCAUGCUUUCGCAGAUUGAAUUAUGUAAGGCUCAGUCAGGCGAUAUUUGGAAACAAAUAGCUUUGGUGGGAAAUAAAGUUCGCAAAUCUCGUUCUGACAAUUAUAACUUACCAUUUACUGGUAGUUUUCCACCUGAUGCAUGCUGUGCUUGUUCACAAGGAUUGCCAGGAGCUCGAGGAGCACCCGGAAAAGAUGGCACACCAGGGAAACCAGGCGAGCCAGGUAAAAAUGGAGCCAAUGGACGUAACGGUGUAUAUCUUCCUGCACCGCCACCGGGCUCAAAUAGUUGCCAAAAAUGUCCACCAGGUCCACCUGGACCACCUGGUUUCCCUGGACCAAAGGGAGAACGUGGCAAACCUGGACUACCUGGAAAGGCAGGGAAAGCUGGAGAGCCAAGUCGACCUGGACCGCCAGGACCACCAGGACUUCGCGGAGAACCAGGAAAUCCUGGACCAAAAGGACCACCGGGUGAUCGUGGUAGAGUAUUAAAUGGAGCACCACCGGGACCAGCAGGUCCACCAGGAAGUAUCGGUCCACGCGGUGCACCAGGUAUCAAAGGACAUGAUGGAAAAGCAGGUCAACCCGGAAAUCAAGGUAUACGUGGUUCAGUAGGGGAGAGAGGAACUCCAGGAGAUCCUGGACUACCAGGUCCACCAGGACUGCCAGGUGAACCUGGAUUGCCUGGUAGCUGUUCUCACUGUCCAGGGGUAGUUCCAUUACGCAGUCCGGCUAUUUCUCCGGAAGCAUAUAUGGGAAAAGCAUCAAAGUCACAGAUGAAAUCGGAUAUGCCAUCUACGAAAGUCCUGCAGAGUGCUGAAAAUUCUUAUUCAAAUUCGCUUCCAAAACAAAAUGAUAGGGAAUAUUUGUGGAUAUUGAAAUAA